CAGCUCAGUGAUAGUUUACUUAGUUUGUGUUAUAUACUGGGUUUGAUCCAUAUUACUUCAGGGAGAGGGAGAUAUUUGUUUAUUUACUUUUUAGAGAUAAAACAACAACAAAGACAACCUGGGUCAGGAUGUAGAAUUCUGUCGAUAUGUCUGACACUUUUGAUUUCUCAACAUUGAUUUCUCGUGUAAAUGCUGAAAUAGCAUAGGUCAUCAUCAGUAUUUUCACCAGUCCUAGGCAUAGGGGCACAUAAAUUUUAGUAAGGCCAGACUGUGUUGUCCUCUGAGAAUGGUAAAAUCCCUGGGUUAUAGGCCAGAGGUAGGCUUUAGGACCUGAAGACUGUUUUUGGAAUGUCUUCAUUUGAUGAAGCAAUCUAGUCCACCCCUGGGCCACCUCUUGCUUCCUAUUUUUUAAAUUGUUUGCUCGAGAAUUGAAUCUCAGCAGUAGGACAAGAGCUUAGCAAGCACAAGACUCUAGGUUUUAUCUUAUUAAAAAAAGAUAAGAAUUGUUUGUGUGAUCCACUCAAAGAUAAAAGGAAUACAUCGCUUUACAAAUGAAUGAAUUAAUGCAUACAUUAAUGCAUCUGUUUUUCUAGUUUUUAAAUGUUGAUUUGCAGGGUUGGGGAAUCAAACUCAGGACCUUGCACAUUCAGGGCCAAUGCUCUGCCACUGAGCCACAUCUCCAGUCACCUCAAAAGGAUAUGUUUUAGGAAUCAAGCAGAGUGAGGAAAGUAUUGGUCAGAACUUACGAAUGUGUUUUUCCUGCUUGGCUUACUAGAAAAAGUAAUUUGAGAAGCGCUGAUGUUUUAUUUAGAAGGGAUAUGAAAAGAAGGGAUUCCCUAUCAUGCCUAGAUCUAAUCUGCACUCACCCAGUAUAAUAGCUUCUGUACUGGCCUCUUUAGUUAGGGGUCUCCAAAUUAAAUGUCAAGAUCAAACUCCAUUGAAUUCUAUGCUUGGACCUUUCCAUUGACAGAGAGAGUCUAGGGUUAGGAAUGGAUAACCGAAGUGCUGAUAAGUGGUUCCUUUCCCACUGACCACACAUUAUCUGUGAGGCUCUUGUCCCUCCGGCAGCAGGUCACUGAGUCAGCUCUUACAGUGUUUGGUCGGUGUGUACAGGCUCUGGGUGUGUGUGAAAGUCAGAGGCUAACUUCCUGGAACUGGUUAUUGCCUUCACCUUGGUGAGUGGUUUUCUUUCUUCUGUUCUGUAUACCACUGACUAGCUGGCCCCCUGGUUUCCUGUCUCCACCUCACCCUAGAAGUGUUGGAACGACAGGGAUGCAGCGUCUUACGUGGGUUCUGGGGCUCUGACUCACUCAGCCGGUGUGGCUCCCAUGGCUCUGCUUUUGCUUUAUGAACCAUCCUUCCCACCUCCUUAGCAUUUUGAAAUGGCUUUGAGGAUGACAAGGAGAAUCUUUCUUGUCCCAGUGUGCCGCUUUAGCCUCUCGGCAGCUAAAAAAUUGCGAGCAGUUGUGUAUCAGGCCUUUGCAUCUUCGGACCACAGAUGAUACAAAACCAAACGGAAAGAAAGUUGUGGGCGAUGUGGCGUAUGACGAGGCCAAGGAGCGGGCGAGCUUCAUCACACCUGUCCCCGGUGGUGUGGGACCCAUGACCGUGGCAAUGCUGAUGCAGAGCACUGUAGAGAGCGCACAGCGUUUCUUGCAGAAGUUUAAGCCAGGAAAGUGGACAAUUCAGUAUAACAAGCUGAGCCUCAAGACCCCUGUUCCGAGUGACAUUGAUAUAUCACGAUCUUGCAAACCAAAGCCCAUCUGUAACCUGGCCCGAGAAAUUGGGCUCCUCACAGAGGAGGUGGAAUUAUACGGGGAAACAAAGGCCAAAGUCUUGCUCUCAGCACUAGAACGCCUGAAGCACCAGCCCGAUGGGAAAUACGUGGUAGUGACUGGAAUAACUCCGACACCCCUGGGAGAAGGGAAAAGUACCACCACAAUUGGGCUGGUGCAAGCCCUCGGCGCCCACCUGAAUCAGAAUGUCUUUGCGUGUGUGCGACAGCCUUCUCAGGGCCCCACCUUUGGAAUAAAAGGUGGCGCUGCAGGAGGUGGCUAUUCCCAGGUCAUUCCUAUGGAAGAGUUUAAUCUCCACCUCACGGGUGACAUCCACGCCAUCACUGCAGCUAAUAACCUCGUGGCUGCUGCCAUCGAUGCUCGGAUGUUUCAUGAGCUGACCCAGACAGACAAGGCUCUGUUUAAUCGCUUGGUACCUUCAGUCAAUGGAGUAAGAAAGUUCUCUGAUAUCCAAGUCCGAAGGUUACGGAGGUUAGGCAUUGAAAAGACUGACCCCACGACACUGACGGAUGAUGAGAUCAACAGAUUUGCAAGACUGGAUAUUGAUCCAGAAACCAUUACGUGGCAGAGAGUGCUGGACACCAACGACAGAUUCCUGAGGAAGAUCACGAUUGGACAGGCUCCCACGGAGAAAGGCCACACACGCACGGCCCAGUUUGAUAUCUCUGUGGCCAGUGAAAUCAUGGCUGUUCUGGCCCUCACUAGUUCUCUGGAAGACAUGAGAGAGAGAUUGGGCAAAAUGGUGGUGGCAUCCAGUAAGAAAGGAGAGCCCAUCAGUGCCGAGGAUCUGGGCGUGAGCGGGGCACUCACAGUGCUGAUGAAGGAUGCAAUCAAGCCCAACCUCAUGCAGACCUUAGAGGGCACACCAGUGUUUGUCCAUGCUGGGCCCUUUGCCAACAUUGCACAUGGGAAUUCCUCCAUCAUCGCAGACCGGAUUGCGCUCAAGCUCGUUGGCCCCGAGGGCUUCGUAGUGACUGAAGCAGGAUUCGGCGCAGACAUAGGAAUGGAGAAGUUCUUCAACAUCAAGUGCCGGUAUUCUGGUCUCCAGCCACACGUGGUGGUGCUCGUGGCCACUGUCAGGGCUCUUAAGAUGCACGGGGGCGGCCCUACGGUCACUGCUGGACUGCCUCUUCCCAAGGCUUACACAGAGGAGGACCUGGACCUGGUUGAGAAGGGCUUCAGUAACUUGAGGAAACAAAUAGAAAAUGCUAGGAUGUUUGGAGUACCUGUAGUCGUGGCCAUGAAUGUAUUCAAGACAGAUACAGACGCUGAACUGGACCUCAUCGGCCGCCUCUCCAGAGAACAUGGGGCUUUUGAUGCUGUCAAAUGCACCCACUGGGCAGAAGGGGGCCGGGGGGCCUUAGCCCUGGCUCAGGCCGUUCAGAGAGCAUCACAGGCCCCCAGCAGCUUCCAGCUCCUCUAUGACCUCAAGCUCUCCGUUGAGGAUAAAAUCAGGAUCAUCGCACAGAAGAUCUACGGAGCAGAUGACAUCGAAUUGCUCCCCGAAGCACAGAACAAAGCCGAGGUCUACACAAAGCAGGGCUUUGGGAAUCUACCCAUCUGCAUGGCCAAAACACACCUGUCUUUGUCUCACAACCCAGAGCAAAAAGGUGUGCCUACUGGCUUCAUUCUGCCCAUCCGUGACAUCCGUGCCAGCGUUGGUGCCGGUUUUCUGUACCCCUUAGUGGGAACGAUGAGCACAAUGCCUGGACUCCCUACCCGGCCCUGUUUUUAUGACAUCGAUUUGGACCCUGAAACCGAACAAGUGAAUGGAUUGUUUUAAACAGAUUUCCUAUCUCCAAGAGGCUACUCUGUCCGGCCAGUGUCUAUUCAGGCCCAUUGAGGAAGUGUGCAGAAAUCCAGGAAGUCAGCCCCUGCCUGAAGAGCUUCAGAAAUAGUGGGAGUUUCCCUAAAGCCUUUCACAGCCUUAAUUCACAUCGUGUGUAUAAAUUAACAUAAAUCAUGUCUAUUUACUUAGUGAAAGUCUAAUGGAUAUUAAUAAAUGGAAUAAUUUUGCUA